AGCAUCCCGCUCGCGCAAAGAUUAGAGUUAAUCAUUUACGAAGCAAAGAAGAAAGAACCGGAGCUCGCGAGCGUGUUGUUAUUAUUCCCGCGGCCGCUCGAUGUGUGUCUGCGAAACGGGCCCGGUCUGAUAAGCCGACACUGUGGACACGGGUGCACUGGCCGAGCGCUCGAAGCAGGCCAGUCUCUUCCAGCCCGUUCGCGUGUGUAGAUGCAAUCAAAGUGUCGUCCGCCAGCGGUACGAUGGUGACGGUCGCGUUGGAAAGUAGUGUUGUUGCCGCUGCCGGUUUGGCGGCACUGUUGCUAACGCUGGCGGCGGUGAUCGGUACGAGCGGGAACCCGCUCGAAUGCCCCCGGCCGGCCGCGUCUGGCAGCGCCCCAUCCGGUUGGCAACCGCGAACGCCCGAGCAAACGCUGUACGCGUACGUGCGCUGCCUGAACGACUCGUCCGCCAGCAUCGAGAUGAAGAUCCGCUGGGUCAUGUGGCAGCCGGACCAAUCGCCCGAGAGCCAGUGCUACGUGAAGUGUGUCAGCGAGGAUCUGCGGCUGUACGAUCCGGCCCGGCGGCAGUUUGUGCCGGAGCGGUUCGAGCAGCAGGCCCGCGCGUUCCACGAGGAUCCCGAGGCGGACGACAUCCGGACGCUGUACACGGACGCGCACCGGCUGCUGGCGGGCGAGCUGCCCGACAGCGACUGCUCGACCGUGUUCGCCAAGUACGCACCGUUCUACGCGGUGCACCAGGAGCACAUACUGGACAUCUUCCAUGGGGAUCUGCGCAAAAUCUUGGUCACGUACCAGCGGCUCGGGCCGCGCGUCAAACAGAUCGGCCAAAGCUUCGUCGACUACUGCGAGAAGCGGUACGGGUUUGCGUGGGCCGAGGAGGAGCAACGGCCCUGCCCGAAUCAGACCGCGGUGCAGUGUAUCCUUCGCGGGUUCCGCUGGAUCACCGAGGAGGGCAGUGUGAAUGUCGCUGAGAUUGUACGCGAUUUCGAUGGGUUCGGUGUGGAGGCGAGCGAACUGAAGCAAUGCCAGGGGGCGGACGAUCUGUACUGGUGUUUGCGCUCCCUCAAUUCCGACAAGCUGGCGGCAGUUAUACGGCAGCGCGAUGCCCAAACGGCGUUCUACUUUGAUCAGUCGUCGACCGACGAACCGUGGAAGUCGGCCGUCGAUUUUGGCAAUGCACGCCUUAAUCGUGCUUAAAUUCGUACGUCAAGCCAAUCACGAGGAGAACAUGUUGAAAGUUAUUUGUAACGGUUGAGAGAGUGUCGUUGUAACAUUAACAUUAAUAGAAACAAUAAAACAAAACUAAGAGAUAACUGUGAAAUAAA